AUGACCAUCAUUGAUGUCACCAAAGACCUGUCGGCCCUGUUUUCCAAGCAGGUGCAGGCUACUCCCGAUGCGCUGGCGCUGGAAGACGACAAGACCACAUAUACCUAUGCAGAAUUAGACCGGGCGGUUGACGCUCUGACUCGGCGACUGCAUCACUACCGGGUUGGACGGGACACUCUGGUGGGAGUUUUGCUCCCGCGCAGCAGUGACUAUGUCAUUGCCUGUCUGGCUGCUCUCCGCGCCGGCGGAGCAUUCCUGGUGCUUGAGCUGGCCUACCCACCCGAGUUGCUGGACGAUGUGAUCCGGGACGGGAACCCCGCCGUCAUCAUCACCUGCAGGGCCGAAGUCGGCAAGAUCAAGGCCGAUGUUCCACUCAUCUCCUUGGACGAACCAGCCACGGAGACGAACGGGGUGUCCGAUUUGCCUCCCCCGCCCGCAGAUGACGAUCUGGAUCGUUUGGCCUUCGUUUCCUAUUCGUCCGGCACCACGGGCAAGCCCAAGGGAAUUGCCAACCCCCACAGAGCCCCGGUUCUCUCCUAUAAUCUCCGAUUUGGCGUGCAGGAUCUGACUCCCAACGAUCGGGUUGCUUGUAAUGUCUUCUUCAUCUGGGAGAUCUUGCGUCCCCUGUUGCGGGGAGCGGCCGUCGUCGCGGUGCCGGACGACAUCAGCUACGACCCCGCCGCCCUCGUCGACCUCCUCGCGGCCAAGCGCAUCACAGAAACCCUCAUGACCCCGACUCUCCUCGCUACCGUCCUCGCCCGUCAUCCGCACAUCGGCUCGCGCCUGCCCCAUCUCCGCACGCUGUGGUUCAAUGGGGAGGUGGUGACCACCGAUCUCGCCCGUCGCGCCAGUCAAGCCCUGCCCAACACCCGCCUCCUCAAUUGCUACAGUGCCUGUGAAACACACGAGAUCGCCUGCGGGGAUAUUCGGGAAAUGCUCGACGAGAAAGCGCUGUACUGUCCGGUUGGGCCCCCGAUUGAUCCCAAGAACACCCACAUUCUGGACGAUAACCGGCAACCGGUGGAGAACGGGGUGAGCGGGGAGCUCUAUGUGGCUGGUCCACUUUUGGCUCGCGGGUACCUCAACCUUCCCGAGACCACCGCCAAAGCCUUCACGGAGAACCCCUUCGAUUCAACUCCGGGGUCCCGUCUGUACCGGACGGGCGAUCUCGCUCGCCGGCUUCCUUCGGGCCUUCUCGAAAUUACCGGUCGCGUGGGAUCCAUGAUCAAGCUGCGCGGCUACUCGGUCGUACCCGCCAAGGUGGAGUAUGAGAUCACCAAGAACCUCGCGGUUCGUCAUUGUGCCGUGGUGGCCCAUGGCGAGGGUCUGGAGCGACAGUUGGUGGCAUACAUUGUCCGCGACAAGGACCACGCUCCCGACCGCCCCGUGGUGGAAAUCAACGAGGCGGGCAAUAGCCCGGGCGCGCGUCGCACCCUCACCCAGGUCCUGGCACAUUACAUGAUCCCAUCUCUCUGGGUGGAGCUGGAGGAGCUCCCCACACACGAUGUGACGGGCAAGGUUGAUCUCAAACGCCUGCCUCCCCCACGCACGGCCGACCAUGUCAACGGGAAUGGCAAGCCCGUGGAGAAGGAUUCGAUCGGCAUUGACCAAGUGGCUGCCAUUUGGGCGGUCGCCCUCAAAACCGCGCGCAAUCUGUUGAAGCCCAGCGAUGAUUUCUUCGAUCUGGGUGGACACUCCCUGUCGUUGGCGGACCUCUCCUCGCGCAUGUCCCGACACUUUGGCUUCCGCGUUCCGAUCGCCCGGCUGGCGGAAAACGCCACCUUGGCGGGUCACCUCCAGACCGUUCGUGACAUUCGCGACGGCCAUACCGCCGCCGUUCAGGCCGAUCUCCCCGCGGUUCUGCGGGCCGACGCCACUCUCGACGAGGAUAUCCGACCGUCCAAAGCGGCCAUCCGCUCGGUCACCGACGCAGACACGGUGCUCCUGACGGGAGUGACGGGAUUCCUUGGCGCCUUCCUCCUGCACGACCUGCUCGAGAGCACCUCGGCGCAUAUUAUCUGCUUGGUCCGAUUUACGGACCCGGCGGAUGAUGACCAGCCUGGUGGUGUGGCCAGAAUUCGCCGAAACCUCUUGGACCUGGGACUAUGGCGGGACUCCAUCAUGGAGCGCGUUGAGAUCCUGCCCGGAAACCUGUCGCGGACCCGCUUCGGCCUCUCCCCAGAAGCCUUCGACGAGCUUGCCGCCCGCGUGCAGGUCAUCGUUCAUGCUGCGGCCACCGUCAACUUGGUCUACCCUUAUGCGGCGCUUCGCGGGCCCAAUGUCGGCGGUACGCGAGAAGUCCUCCGCUUGGCGUGCAAGGGUGGUGCGACCGUCCAAUAUGUCUCCACCAAUGGCGUGCUCCCGCCGUCCGGAGAGAAGGGCUGGCCCGAGGACGCCAUGCUCCCGGUGGACGACGUCCCCGACAAGCUGUUGGAUGGAUACGGUCAAACCAAGUGGGUGGCCGAGCAGCUGGUGCUUGAAGCGGGUCGUCGCGGAUUGCCCGUGAAGAUUCACCGUGCCGGAACCAUCAGCGGCCAUAGCCAGACGGGUGCCGCUAAUGCCUGGGAUCUGUUGUCGGCCUUGUUCGUUGAGUCGAUUAAGCUCGGCUACGCGCCUGAAGUGGAAGGCUGGCGAGCGGAAAUGACGCCCGUGGACUUUGUCAGCAAGGCUAUCGUACAUCUCGCCAGUCAAACGCACGCUGAGCAAACCGUGUUCCACCUCGGCGACCCGAACCCGGUCGAUACACGGGCGGUCUUUGCAUCUCUGAAUGAGCUGGGCUACCCGACCAAGUCCCUGGCAUGGGAUGAUUGGGUAUCACUGUGGAACGAGAAGCGCAGUGCGGUCAAAGGUGGAGACGGUGGUUUCACCGUUGAUAUCCUCCGCAGUGGCAUGCCCACGGUGGAAUUCCUCCGGGGCAUCGUCGUGCUGGAUAAUGCGGCCACUCGUCCUUUCCGGGCGGUCGUGGAACGGCCCAAGGUCGACCGGGCUCUGCUGGAGACCUACACGCGGCACUGGUUCGCUCGAGGCUGGCUGCCGCGGCCGCCGCUUCGCCAGCAAGGUCUCAACGGGACCGCGAAGCCUGCCAUCAAGGGUCCGCUUAGCGGAAAGGUGGCCGUCGUGACGGGUGCCUCUUCUGGCAUUGGAGCCGCGGUCGCGGCCGCUCUAGGUCGAGAGGGUUGCCAUGUGGCGCUCGCCGCUCGGCGUCUCGACGCACUUGAAUCACUCAAGGGCCGCAUCACGGCGCACGGUGGCAAGGUUAUUGCCCGGAAGACCGAUGUCACGAGCAAGGAGCAGGUGGACGCUCUUUUCAAAGCGGCCAACGACGAACUUGGCCCCGUGGAUAUUAUCGUAUCGUGUGCCGGAGUGAUGUACUUUACCAUGAUGGCCAACGUGCAGACUGAAGAGUGGGAGCGUACAGUCGACGUCAACUGCAAGGGCCUCCUCCACUGCCUCUCGGCAAGUGUGCCCGGCAUGCUCUCGCGUGGUGGUGGUCAUAUUGUCGCUAUCUCCUCCGAUGCUGGACGCAAGGUAUUCCCCGGCCUGGGUGUGUACUCGGCCAGCAAGUUCUUCGUUGAGGCGACGCUGCAGUCGCUCCGCUUGGAGACAGCAGGUAUGGGUCUGCGUGUGACCAGUGUACAGCCGGGCAACACGGCGACGGACCUUUUGGGCAUGUCCACGGAUGCCGAGGCCGUCAAGAAGUAUGGCGAACCGUCCGGCGCACAGAUCCUCGAGCCGGACAAUGUGGCGGAUUCCAUUAUAUACGCGCUGCGCCAGCCGGCCCAUGUCUCUGUCAAUGAAGUGCUGAUCGAGCCGCGGGACGAGCCGAUCUAG